AAGGUGACACUCCUGGAAGGUGACUCCGCUCCGUGAGCCAGCUGCUGCAGGGGCGGGUAGCGGAUGUGAUCCGUUCCGGGUGUUCCGGCCGCCCGGUCCUCUCCACUGAACUCCAACCCCCGCGCUCUCUAUCAGCAUCUCAUUCCUGUCUCAAUAUGUCUCAAGAUGGCGGCCAAUGCAGGAUCGAUGUUUCAAUAUUGGAAGCGCUUUGACUUACAACAACUACAGAAAGAACUAGACGUCACCGCCACGCAGCUUGCCAACAGACAGGACGAGAGCGAACAGUCCAGGAAGAAACUCAUCGACCUGAGCCGCGAGUUCAAGAAGAACACUCCAGAGGAUUUACGGAAACAGGUUGCACCUUUGCUUAAGAGCUUCCAAGGAGAGAUCGAUGCCUUGAGUAAGAGGAGUAAAGAAGCAGAGGCCGCCUUCUUGAACGUGUACAAAAAAAUAAUCGAUGUCCCAGAUCCUGUACCUGUGUUGGAGCUGGCUCAGCAGCUGCAGCUGAAGCUCCAGAGGAUGCACGACAUUGAGACAGAGAACACCAAACUUCGAGAGACACUGGAGGACUACAACAAAGAGUUUGCAGAGGUUAAAAACCAAGAGGUGACCAUUAAGGCCUUGAAGGAGAAGAUUCGCGAGUACGAGCAGUCUCUGAAGAAUCAAGCCGAGAACCUGGCCCAAGAGAAGCAGCUCCAGCUACACAACGACUAUGCAGAGAAGGAGAGGAAACUCCAGGAGAGCCAGGACUCCAUGUCCUCAAGGUUGGAGGAGGCCGAACAGAAAGCCCGGUCCCUACAGACAGCACUUGAAACAACUCAGGCCGAGCUCUUUGAUUUGAAGACAAAGUAUGACGAGGAAUCCACAGCAAAGGCGGAUGAGAUUGAGAUCUUGAUGACAGACCUGGAAAGAGCCAAUCAGCGAGCAGAAGCAGCUCAGAGAGAGGCAGAGUCAGUCAGAGAGCAGCUGUCCUUGAGCAACCAAUCCCAGCAGCUCAGCAGCCCGGCCAAGGCUGACCCAAACACGGAACAGUUGGAAGAGGUGGCGUCCCAUUCAAAUCUGGAGGCGGAGCUCAGGGCCAAAGAAAGAGAGACUGCCCAGCUGGUGGAAGAUGUGCAGAGACUGCAGGCCAGCCUGACCAAACUCCGAGAGACCACCAGCUCCCAGAUCUCACAGCUGGAACAGCAGCUUAGCAGCAAAUCCAAAGUUCUGAAGGAGCUGGAGGAGAAGCUGCAGAAGCAAGCUGACUAUGAGGAGGUGAAGAAGGAGUUGAGUAUCCUCAAGGCUAUGGAGUUUGGAGCAUCCGACUCUGUGCAGGACUCAUCCAAACCCCUGGAGGUUCUGUUACUGGAGAGGAACCGAAGUCUUCAAUCGGAGAGCGCCGCUUUGCGCAUCGCCAACACCGAGCUCAGCGGGUCAGCCGGGCGAAAAGGGACAGAAGAGUCCACAGCGAAGGAGGAGACCGCGCCAAGCGACCCCUCUUCCUCACCCCCUCCUCCCCCUCCCUCUCUUCCGUCCUCCUCACAGCGCCCCCUGUCUCGCACUCACACGGACCCUCUCAACACUGCCACCACCACCACCAGCAGCAGCAGCAACAGCAGUGAAACGCUCCCUUUCGCUCCUACGGGCAUUGGACAGGACUUCUACUCCCCCGUCUUCCCUCUGGUGGGUGGUAAGAUGGCUUUGAACUCCUUGAUUCAGCGGCAGCUGCUCCAGACCUUCUACUCAAAAGCCUUGCAGGAGUCCUCUGGAAUCCCCAGUGGGGCUCUACUGUUCACCCCCUUCACGCCAACCCUCAGCUCCAUCCCUACCUCCACCCCUGGCUCAGGGUCUGCUGCCAUCCCUCUAGCAGCCAGCAGCCCCCAGCCACCUCCAGCCAGCCCUGACAUGGCUCCUGUUAACGGGAGCAGUACAGCUGGCAGCGCCCCCUCCCCAUCACCAAGCCACUCUGAUGCUAAUACAGGAAGUGUUUUGGACGGGGAGGACAUGGACACAGCGGAGAUUGCUCGGCAAGUGAAAGAGCAGCUGAUCAAGCACAACAUUGGUCAGCGUGUGUUUGGUCAUUAUGUGCUGGGACUGUCCCAGGGAUCAGUCAGCGAGAUCUUGGCCAGACCAAAGCCGUGGAACAAGCUAACCAUCAGGGGGAAGGAGCCGUUCCACAAGAUGAGGCAGUUCCUCGCCGAUGAGCAGAACAUCCUCGCUCUGCGCAGCAUCCAGGGACGGCAGAGAGAGGGCUCAGGCCAGCCCCAGCUUAGCCGAGUGUUUCAGGACGCUCCGAAGCGGAGAACCCUCUCCGAUACAGCUUCACACACAGGUAACAUCACCGCUCGUGUGCGCACCCCAGAGGCAGGUUCUGAUGAAGCUAUCAAGUCCAUACUGGAGCAGGCCAAAAGAGAGCUGCAGGUGCAGAAAGCUGACUUGUCUCAUGCUCAGCCGUCCUAUGCAGGACUGAAAGGGGGAGGUGGAAUAGGAAGUGGAGGGGGGAGCGGAUCAGAUGAAGCCAUCCGCUCCAUCCUAGAACAAGCUCGCAGGGAGAUGGAAGCCCAACAGGCCGCACUGGAGCCCAUCCUUAAAGCAUCAUCUUCCUCUUCGUCAUCAGUGUCACUAUCACAGAGGGACAUCCUGAGCUCAUCUCUUACCGCCCCGCUUCCCCCUUACAACCCCCUGGCCCUUUCCCUCAAGAAACCUCCCAGCUCCCUCUUGUCCUCGCCCUCAUCCCCGUCUCCAAUUCUGGACUUUAGCUCCAGCGUGAAGAGAGAGGGCCGCAGCUCUUCGGGGGUCGAUAUGUCUGCUGAUGGAGCUCUCAGGAUGGGUCGGGGCUCAGAGGGACUGUCCCGCUCCGGAAGUGCCGGAGGAGCAGGUUACUGGAGAGAGCAGUGGUGGAGCAACAUGCAGACGGAUCCGCGAAGGACCAUGUCCAGCCAGAUAGGAGAAGAGAACCACAACCAGGAGGACUCUAAAGAGGGUAUACUGACCGACAGUCUGUCUCGACACAAACCGUGGAACAAGUUGAACCAGAGGAGCAGAGAGGCGUACCUCCGCAUGCAGCCUUGGCUCAACGGAGACCAGGGGCAAAACGCACACAUCCAGCAAACUCAGAACCAAGAGGGUACUCCCAAGACAUCAGCAAGCUGCAGCCCCGCUCCAGAGUCCCCCCUCAGUUCAGCUGAAGAAUCUGUCAAUGGUCUCACUGGGGACCCACUUGCGUCACAGUCCUCCAGUCUCAAACCUCCGUCUGAGGAUCCUUCAGGUGGGGAGUCUCAGCCGGGCACCCCGCUGCCUCUACCAGGUCACUCGGGUCUGAGCAUCCAGGAGAUGGUUGCAAUGUCUCCUGAGCUUGAUACCUAUGCCAUCACCAAGAAGGUUAAGGAGGUGCUAACCGAUAAUAACCUGGGUCAGCGUCUGUUUGGGGAGACUAUCCUGGGUCUGACUCAGGGUUCUGUCUCAGACCUGCUGGCCAGGCCUAAACCCUGGCACAAGCUGAGCCUGAAGGGCAGGGAGCCCUUUGUCCGCAUGCAGCUCUGGCUCCAGGACCCACACAGCGUGGAGAAACUUAUGGACAUGAAACGCCUGGAGAAGAAAGCAUACAUGAAGAGGCGGCUGAGCUCCUUGAGUGAUGGCCAUUCUGUGGACGGAGGCUUGGUGGGGUCAGAGUACAUGCAGGGCUCCCAGAGCCCAGGGCAGCAGCAGCUGAAGAAGCCCAGGGUGGUGCUGGGCCCUGAGGAGAAGGAGGCUCUGAAAAAGGCUUAUCAGCAGAAGCCCUACCCCUCCCCCAAAACCAUUGAGGAGCUGGCCUCCCAGCUCAACCUAAAGACCAGUACUGUUAUCAACUGGUUCCAUAACUACAGGUCACGUAUUCGGCGAGAGCUCUUCAUAGAGGAGAUCCAGGCAGCUGGAGGGGUAGGGCCUGGCAGCGAAGCGGGAUCACCUUCCCUCCGUGGGUCCAAAUCAGGAGAAGGGGACAGCUGCGAUGGGACGGAAUCUGAGGGCACAGUGGAGACACGCCAAUCUCUGGGCAUUGGCUUGGAGGAUCACAGAGGAGCAUGCAAAGACCACGACAUGGAGGCUGAGUCUGAGGCAGGGGGCUCUAAUAAUUCCCCUGCCCAGUUAGACUGCACCGCCACAGGCUUGGCCGGGCCGGGCUCCAGCGGUGGACAGGGUGGACUGGGGCUUUUCAGCCUCACAGAGGCAUCCUCCAGUAGCUCUGCCUCUAGUACUAACAUCCCAGCCUCUGGCCCUGCCAGGAACCCCAGGGACAACAAUCUGCGCAAGAAGAAAGCAGCCAAUCUCAAUAACAUCAUCCACAGGCUGGAGAAGGCUGCCAGCAAAGAGGAUCCCUCAGAGUGGGAGUUCUAGCUCCCCCUGAUCAUCCUUCAUCCUUCUCGUCUCAUAACCUCACGACCUCUAACCUUGGACCCCUCCUGCUCUGUUCCAGUUGGAGAGUGGACACAGCCAAAGUCAAGCUCAGCAGCCAUUUUUAUUACGUAGAAGCUUUCCAAAAAGAGGAAAGAAACAAAGAGUGGUUGGCAAAACCCUUAAAAAGAAGAUUUACUGAAUACGUAGAAGAACAAAAUAAGAGAACUUAAUUGUUUCUCCUGGUUUUUUUUUGUUUGUUUUUGUUUUUAAAAACUGCGUUUUGUUUUUGUACUGAGAAAAGCACUUAGCCGUCCUGCUGGCCUCUGGCCCUGCUGUACCUCCCCCUAUCACCAGCCACUGGUGCACCAGACUGGUUAGUCCUGAGCUGGGGUCUGACCCACAGCUGGGGUUGAAACCUGGACUCAGUAACACAGGCAAGGCCUGACACAGCAGCUGUCACAGUGAUAGACACUGAUAGAUGAUAGAUAGAGACAGGAACUCUCUUACAAGAACUCUCACUUUCUUAAAGGAGAUUUUUUUCCGCUCUUCUUCUCACCUCCCAAGUGUCCACAAACCUCCCCUCACUCAGUGAGAUGCCUCAUUUUUCACACUGUAGAGUGACUGUUACAAACCCUUUGCCUUUUUCACUCACUGCGUGUGUGUGCGUGUGUUUGUAUGUUAGGGGUUGUGUCAGUGUGCACCUGUGUGUGUGUGUG